AUGAAUUCAUCAUCCAGUAAGAAAAUUCAUCGUUGCAACAAAUGUCAUAUGUGUUUUGAAGACUGUGGGGAUUUUAUAUUACAUCAUCACCGCACUUGUACAACUCAACUGGUUCCUGAAUCCCUAAUCAAAGAAUGGUGGAGAAGUGCAGGGGGAAAAGAUGAACACUUGUCACAUGACGCUAUACAAUAUUUCAAGUUAUUACAUAAAGAAAACUCAAUGUUGAGAUUCAGCUGUGACGCAGUGACUGUAAUUCCGAAUCUCUUCCCAUCAAUAAACCGCCACACUGCUCUCGAGCAAACACGCAUAGUUUUUGACCAUUUCGAGCGAUUUCUAGAUGAAAAAGAUAAGAUACAACCAGCUGAAACAAUAGUCACAGAUGAGGAAUUAGCUAUAGUGGAAUACAUAGGGGGUUAUAUUUUACAAAAAUUAAGAAAAAAAUCAAAGACAGAAAUGCAGUACAACAUAAUCAAUGAACUUAUUUCUGAUGAUUCAUCUGUCGCCGGGUCAUCUUUAAUAAAUAUCCUUGAGAAUAAGGAUUAUGGAACAUUGGUGAAACCGGUUUCUAAAAUCACAGAUAUGCUUGCAGAGGUAGAACUUAACUUUCGUAAAUAUUAUUCCUCUGAGAAUGUGAUGGCAUCAAUAUUAAACUCUAUCAAGGUAGUGACAUUAUUCAAACCUUUUGGCCAAGUUAAUGACAAAUUUAUAGAGAUUCUUUGGAAAAUAUGUGAAUUUUUUGUUAAAAUAAGAUGUUUUCAAAAAGCUAAGACCCUGAAUAAGAAAUUUCAGCUGAAACACGACCAAAACGUGAGUCUUAGGAAGUCACUAAAAUAGACUGUAUUUUUUAUUAUUGUGGCAUUUUAUUGUAAGUGUCACUAUUUUUUUUACGCUUUCGAAGCUUAUCAUCAGAAGUCGGCCCGGUUUGCCAAUUGAUGAUUCCUUUGACAUUGGAUCCUUUAACAGUUUUGAUAUUUUUCUUUGUAACUAUUAUGUUUUCGAACUGAGCAUAUUGAUUUAGAUCUGGAGCUUCACACUUUCUACCAAUUUGUCUCAUAUGACCAAAGUAUGCUUCUAAUGGGUCCUGAUUUAUUCUUUUUGUCUGAAUAUAAAUUCCUGGUUUUGUUUU